CCCGGCUCUGCGUGUCAGUUUUACGCUGCUGUCUCGUGAAUGGGUCAAGACUAAACAAACCGAAAGCGGUCUCGGUUUUAAACGGGUUGCCCCAUGUCCCUCCGUUCAUUCUGGACUGUCAGAUAACGGACCCGUCUCGAGCAGAAAGACCAACAGCUCUCAAAUCUGGGGCUUUGAUCACUGAGUCCUUUGGCAUUGGAAGCGAACCAUUUCUGCUGAACCAGCUGUUUAGACCCAAAGAACAACUUCUGUAGAAAGUAGAUGAGCAACAGAGCUCGACGUGUUGCUGGUAGAGUCAUGACCCUGAGACCAGCCAAUGGCUGCAGACAGCUGACCUUGACCUUUGGCCUGACCCUGACUCUAGGCCUGCUGCUGUGGCCAGUAGGAGAUGUCAGUGGUCAGGAUGGACCGUCUCCUGCGCAGAUCCUUCAGGAGCUACUGACACGCUACGGAGACAACACCAGCAUCUCCGUUCCUCAGCUCCGAGCGCUCCUCGUGCGCUUAAACGGAGGCCAGAGCGGAGACCAUGAUGCACAAACACAGCCCACCAAAACCAAUGCAUCUCAGUGCUUGGCUGCAGACACUCUGGCAGCGUAUGGGAUGAGCGAACAGUCCCGUAUAGAUGAACGAGGCCUGCAGGAAAUCUGCCCUACCAUGAUACAGCAGCUGGACACACAAGCGUGUAAGACCCAACAGGACCAAGAGGCAGAGACCAGCCCCAGACCCACUGAUGCUGAGGUGUGGGGGUAUGGGUUCCUGUGUGUGACCGUGAUAUCUCUGUGUUCACUGGUCGGGGCGAGUGUGGUUCCCUUCAUGAGGAAAACCUUUUACAAGCGGUUGCUGCUGUACUUCAUAGCCCUGGCCAUUGGUACUCUGUACUCCAACGCACUCUUUCAACUAAUCCCAGAGGCCUUCGGAUUCAACCCCAUGGAGGAUUAUUAUGUGCCUAAGUCUGCCGUCGUGUUUGGAGGAUUCUACCUGUUCUUCUUCACAGAGAAAGUCCUGAAGAUGAUCUUAAAGCCAAAGGACAGGGAAGGGCAUGGCCACGGCCACAGUCACUUUCCCGCGGAGCGCUAUGCCAGCUCUAAUGGAGAUCUGGAGGAUGGUGUGAUGGAGAAACUGCAGAAUGGAGAGACUGGAGGAGCAUCUGUACCCAGAGCCGAAGCAGAUGUCGGAGGACUUGGAGAAGAUGACAAAAUUCUCAGCACUGGCCAGACAGUACAGGACUCUCAGAGCUCGGGUGGAUGUUAUUGGCUGAAGGGCAGGGGUUACUCUGACAUCGGGACUCUGGCGUGGAUGAUCACUCUGAGCGACGGUCUUCAUAAUUUCAUCGAUGGUUUGGCCAUCGGAGCCUCCUUCACUUCAUCUGUGUUUCAGGGCAUCAGUACUUCGGUGGCGAUUCUGUGUGAGGAGUUUCCUCACGAGCUGGGUGAUUUUGUAAUCCUGCUAAACGCUGGCAUGAGCAUCCAGCAAGCGCUCUUCUUUAACUUCCUGUCAGCGUGCUGCUGUUAUCUGGGCAUGGGCUUCGGCAUCCUGGCCGGGAACAACUUCUCUCCUAACUGGAUCUUUGCUCUGGCCGGAGGCAUGUUCCUCUACAUCGCACUGGCUGAUAUGUUUCCGGAGAUGAAUGAGGUGAGUCGUGAGGAAGAGGAGGCCGGAGGAAGUGGCUCUCUGUUAACGUUUGCCAUCCAGAACGCAGGGCUGCUCACAGGGUUUGCCAUCAUGCUUGUGCUGACCAUCUACUCUGGACAGAUACAGCUGGGAUAACAGAGGACCUGCACACAGACAGUAUCUCGAACGCUGACUGGUGCCCAGCUGGACUAGGUCAUGACAGUAAUGGGAUUGUUUUGGCCAUAGUUUGGGCUCCGAGUAAACCCUGGACUGUUAAAAUGAGGCUGACCUGUGAACUCUGCUUAAGAUUCGUUUAAAAAUCUGACGUUCUUUUGCCUCCAAGACUUCCAUUUGAUUUUUAAUGUAUUUAAUUUUCAACAAAAAAGACUCUUUCCUUCAGAGACCGUGAGCUGGAUGGGAUGAAACUUGACUCGUUUUACUGACGCUUACAUUUUUUAAAUGUAUGUUUUUUCUAUGCUUCAUACCAAAUGUUUGUUUAUUCAAAACAAAAACAUUAUAAAACCCCAAAAAACAUAGAUAUAGAGUAGUUGUUCCGCCCUUAUAUUUCUACUAAACUGAACGUUAUAUAGGUCACUUUAAUCAAAGGUUACUGUGCACUGUUGUGUAACUAGAGUUUAGUUUGGACACAAAGCGAUGUCUGUUCUCUAAUAUAUCCCUGUUUGAUUUUCCCCCUCAAUGCCAUUCCAUAACAGCAAGUGAAACACUAAAGCACUCAGUGUUUAUUUUUUAUGUCAAGCAGAGACCAAGGUUCUUCCAGAAAAUAUUCCUUUAACUUGUUCAUAUGUCCACAAUAAGUGGUGCAUGCUUUUAAAUCAUUGCUUUUUGCUUUUAAUUAUGAUAGUUCCUCUUAUAAUCAUAAAACACCUUUUUUCCACAUCCUUUCGUCUGAUCUGAAUGCAGUACUCCUCAUAAUUAGGAAAUGUGUGUAAAUGCAUUGUAGUGAUUUAUAUACAAUAAUACGAUCAUUCCUUACAACUUUCCUUUAUAAUUAAUUGCACUACAGCACAAUUCUUAGAGCUCUUUGCUAAUGAAGCAUCUGGACUGACUGAAAUCAUUUUGAAUAUUAGUGGAUUUUAAGUCGAAGUGUGUAAUUGCUCCAGCGCUAGUUAAAUCAAACUAGCAAAUGAUUUCCUAAUCGUUGCGAAAUAUUUACAUAUUUAAAAUAGAGUUUUCAAAUCCACAGUGUUUAAACGUUUAGGAACAAAGACUUGCUUGUAACAUUAUAACGGCAUAUUAACACAUAAUAUCAUUUUAUUCACACUUCUGCUUUCUAAACACGGCUUUAAUAUUAGAAGUGAACUUUAGAAGUCCUAGUAAAGGUACGUAUAAUUACAUUUCUAUGCAGCAGCAUAUGAUUUUAGUAAUGAGAUUAUUCAGUAAUUGAUCAGCGUUUGCUCACUUGCUAUCACUUUUGUCUUCCACAUAAAAUAAAUUUCCCUUUAUGCUUUCAUUCCUUAAUAUUCAUGCUAGUAAUAUAGUCGUAACAGUAUGCUGUUGAGCAAAUAAAUACAAGAUGUUUCUGUUCUUCACAUGAAAGGUCAUUUUUCAGCUCUGUAUGAACUGAACCUGAUGUGUUCUUGUCAACAGAUCUGAUUGUACAGUAACUUCAUUUCAGGGCCAUAUUUGUUCGUUUAGACUAUCAGCGUUGUUUUUUUAUAUAUAAUUCCCCUUUGUUUAAGUAAAUGUAGUUUCAUUCAGCUUUGUGCACAACGGCUAUGCAUCGACAGUCCUCUGAGUUUAUGCCUUAAAGAGAGGUGGUCUAAACACAAAGUUGUAAGUUUUUGUACCUCGUUUUAAAGUUUAGUAAUAUUUAAAAACUAUUUUGUAGUGUAGAAUGUGUGUGAAUGUCUGUUUGUGAUUUUUAAGUCAUUGAUUUAUGUAUUUUGAAAUCAGUCAUUCAUUGUAUUUAAAUGAUGGUGAGUAAAUCAACAUCUCCUUGUUUUUGUUUUGAAAACGCAUUAUUUUAAUUACUGUAAACAUCUCAAGUGUUGUGUGAGUCGUAUGCAACAUGUGAAAUCUGAAUGCUGGUGCAACGGUUUUGUUUUUCUUUAGAAAUGUUAAGCCAUGAGCUUUAAGUUCAUCUUUUUGUGCAAUAAAAAAGAUAAAAAAUUAAAAACAUGAAACAAUCUGAUGCAAAACUUAAA